UCUUGAUUGGAUUAUCGAUACUCACAGUCUGAAUAUGCGAACUAUAGGCCAGCAAUGACGACAUUUGCCAGAUGAUGGGCUGGAGGACAUGAGGAAGACAGCAGGAGGAUAGGCGCCCAAUUUGAAGGGGAGAUAAUUGACUGCACGUGUAUGCGCGCCUAUCAAUAUGGGUCGAGUGAAAAACUCGAGUCCACGGUCGACUUUAUUUUGCCCAUCUUCCUCCACACUCUCACAUACUUUGUCUACCUGUUUUCUUCCACGGUCAGAAUGGUUUUCAAGGUUGCUGACAUCUCUCUCGCCGCUUUCGGUCGCAAGGAGAUUGAGAUUGCUGAACAUGAGAUGCCCGGACUCAUGUACAUGAGGCAAAAGUACGGAGCCUCUAAGCCCUUGAAAGGCGCUCGUAUCGCGGGCUGCCUGCACAUGACCAUUCAGACCGCUGUGCUCAUCGAGACUUUGACCGCUCUCGGAGCUGAGGUGACCUGGUCGUCUUGCAACAUCUUCUCUACUCAGGAUCAUGCUGCUGCUGCCAUCGCAGCCACCGGUGUUCCCGUCUUCGCUUGGAAGGGCGAGACUGAGGAAGAGUACUUGUGGUGCAUUGAUCAGUCCCUUACUGCAUUCCCCGGCGGUCAGCCUUUGAACAUGAUUCUUGAUGACGGAGGCGAUUUGACCAACCUCGUUCAUGAGAAGUACCCUCAGUACAUCACUGGCGUUCGUGGCUUGUCGGAGGAAACUACCACCGGCGUUCAUCACUUGUACAAGAUGUUCCGUGAUGGAAAACUUAAGGUCCCAGCCAUCAACGUCAACGAUUCCGUCACAAAGUCUAAAUUCGACAACUACUACGGAUGCCGCGAAUCCCUCGUCGAUGGUAUCAAGCGUGCAACUGAUGUCAUGCUUGCUGGUAAGGUUGCUGUUGUGGCUGGUUUCGGUGACGUCGGAAAAGGCUGUGCCGAGUCUUUGCGCUCAUAUGGUGCUCGUGUCCUUAUCACGGAGAUCGACCCCAUCAACGCACUUCAGGCUGCUAUGGCUGGUUACGAGGUCACCACCAUGGAAGAAGCUGCCCCCCGCGCUAACAUCUUCGUUACUACCACCGGUAACCGCGACAUCAUCACUGCGAAGCACUUUGAGGCCAUGCAGGAGGACGCUAUCGUCUCCAACAUCGGUCACUUCGAUGUUGAAAUUGACGUCGCUUGGUUGAAGAAGAAUGCUAAGCAGGUGGUCAAUAUCAAGCCUCAGGUCGACCGAUUCACCAUGCCCUCAGGACGCCAUCUCAUCCUUCUCGCCGAGGGUCGUCUUGUCAACUUGGGAUGUGCUACUGGCCACCCGUCCUUUGUCAUGUCCUGCUCCUUCACCAACCAGGUUCUCGCCCAGAUCGCGCUCUGGACCAACACCAGCCAAUUCCCCCUUGGUGUUCACAUGCUCCCCAAGGAGUUGGACGAGGAGGUCGCUCGCGCCCACCUUGCUCAGCUCAACGUAAAGCUCACUACCCUCUCUGCUGAGCAAUCCAAGUACCUCGACAUCCCCGUCGGCGGUCCUUACAAGCCCGACUACUACCGCUACUAGAGUUAGAAACCUUUUCGACAAUCAUUUAUGUACUCUCAACACUCAGAUAUAGCGGCCUCAACGAGCCUUCGCCGAUACAUUUCGAAGGAGGAUCUUAACAUCCUCGAGUAGAGCGGGCAGAGGGAUUUCAACGUCCCACUAUAGACGGCAGGUCGGGGAGACGCUGGGUGGUGUUUGUCGCGCUGGGAGGUGGUGUUAUUAUGGCUAGGCCUCAACGUGCCUGUUGUUACAGUGGAUUACUCUUCUAGAGUCAAAAUGUUAUCAGUUUGGUGAUUAGUGUCUACGUAUUCGCAUGAGUACAAUGAGUAAGGCCCUGUGCCCUAUGACAGUGAGUAUUGAGGACGCAUAAGUAUCUCUUUACUAGGCUGUAGACUCUCGUUGAUUACUCAUGGGAUUACUUCUUCUAAGACUUCCAGCCCAGAGGCUGAGGCUGUGGAGCUCACCG